AUGUCAAGUUUUUCAGAUAUUAUUACAAUAUGGCGUGAAGCAUAUAAUUAUGCUGGUCCUAUCAUAUGUGCAAAAGAUCAAACGAAAGUUGCAGAAUUAAUUGAAGUUUGUAGACAUCGGCAAAAAUGGAUUGGAUGUGUACCUAUUGAUAAUACCACAAUUCCAACAACAAUGAUAAUAGAGGAACUUCAUAACAAAAUUA